AUGUCAGUCUUUGGCCGCGAUCAUUUUGAUAUUGCUAAGUCGGAUACCCACAUCAGAGAACUUGAUAGAAAUCAAAAUAAGCUUGAUGAAACUCUUUCCGUUAAAUCACUCAAAAUUAAAUUGUCACUUCUUAGCCGCAAUCACUCUAAGAUUUCUCAUUCAUCUAACAACAGCAGAGAAGCCCGUACAAAUCAAGGUAUACAUGAUAAAGUUCCCUCUGUGCCAAACAGUCCACUCGAAACUCAUUCGCCAGUUCUUGGCCAUAAUCAUCCUCAUGCUGCGGAGUUAUAUAAUAACCUGGGAACUGUAUAUUAUAAUCAAGGUAAGUAUGAUAAAGCUUUUACUAUGUAUGAUAAGUCGCUCAGAAUUCUGUUGUCAGUCGUUGGUCCCUAUCAUCCCCAUAUUGCGGACUCCUAUAGUAAUUUAGCAAUUGUUUAUGGAAAUCAAAGUGAAUAUGAAAAGGCUCUUUGUAUGCAUGGUAUGUCACUAAAUAUUCGAUCGACAAUCCAUGGUCAUAAUCAUCCUGAUGUUGCUACAUCGUAUAGCCAUAUGGGGGAUGUAUAUGAUAGUCAAGGCAAGUACGAUGAGGCUCUUUCUAUGUAUGAUAAAUCUCUUCAAAUUCGAUUAUCAAUUCUUGAUGACAAUCAUCCUAGUGUCGUUCUUACGAAACAUAAUAUAACCAACACUUUUCAACGAAAGCAAUCGAUGUUAACUGGCAAACCUGUUAAAAAUCCACAACAAACAGUUCAACAAAGCAAUAGUAAUUCGUCAACAAAAUCAAGUGGCAAUAACGAUUUUAGUCAAGGUAACAUCAGACAAUAA